UUCCCCAACCACAGCAGUUUAUUUCUUCACCAGCCCGGCGUACCGACCUGCUGGGAAGGGCGAAGCAGGGCGGGGUCGGGAGCGGAAGCAGCGCGGGGGCGGGACCCUCUCCGCGGCCCACGCUGAGCCAGGGGGCGCGGACUACAGCUCCCGGCCUGCCCCGCGCGCGGUCCCCGCCCACCCCCCGCGCCCGGGAGGUGGAUGCAGACGCCGCGGCCGGCGAUGAGGAUGGAGGCCCGAGAGGUAGCGCCGCCGGCGGGGGCGGGCGGCCGCGCCGCAGGCGGCUGGGGCAAGUGGGUGCGGCUCAAUGUGGGGGGCACGGUGUUCCUGACCACCCGGCAGACGUUGUGCCGGGAGCAGAAGUCCUUCCUCAGCCGCCUGUGCCAGGGGGAAGAGCUGCAGUCGGACCGGGAUGAGACCGGGGCCUACCUCAUUGACCGUGACCCCACCUACUUCGGGCCCAUCCUGAACUUCCUCCGUCAUGGCAAGCUGGUGCUGGACAAGGACAUGGCUGAGGAGGGGGUCCUGGAGGAAGCAGAGUUCUACAACAUCGGCCCGCUGAUCCGCAUCAUCAAAGACCGGAUGGAAGAGAAGGACUACACCGUCACCCAGGUCCCGCCCAAGCACGUGUACCGCGUGCUGCAGUGCCAGGAGGAGGAGCUCACACAGAUGGUCUCCACCAUGUCUGAUGGCUGGCGUUUUGAGCAGCUGGUGAACAUUGGCUCCUCCUACAGCUACGGCAGCGAGGACCAGGCCGAGUUCCUGUGUGUGGUGUCCAAGGAGCUCCACAGCUCCCCAAAUGGGCUGAGCUCUGAGUCCGGCCGUAAGACCAAGAGCACGGAGGAGCCGCUGGAGGAGCAGCAGCAGCAGGAGGAGGAGGUGGAGGAGGUGGAGGUGGAGCAGGUGCAGGUGGAGGCAGAUGCACAGGAGAAAGCCCAGUCAUCUCAGGAUCCCGCUAACCUUUUCUCCCUCCCACCACUGCCUCCUCCUCCGCUUCCUGCUGGAGGUUUCCGCCCGCACCCUCUCAGACCUGAGGCUGAGCUUGCCGUGAGGGCUUCUCCUCGGCCCCUCGCCCGCCCCCAGAGCUGCCAUCCCUGGUGCCAUCACGAGCCCAAGAUGAGGCAUGGGGCACCCUUCCUGCUCCCCCCCCCCCCCAACCCCUGGCUCAGUUCUGAAUCCACCUUCUCUGGGCCUCAGCCCCACCCCCUCCUCCAGAAGGAAGCCUCUGUUACAAGCCAGAGGCACCUGGAUGUGAGGCCCCAGAUCACCUCCAGGGACUUGGGGUUCCCAUCUGAAAUCCUUUAUUUUUGUACCAUGGGGUGGGCCCCGGGCCUGAGAAGGAAGAAGUGCCCUCUCCCUGGCCUCCUAUGUCUGCAUUCAUGGGGCUGUGACUUACCCCUGCCUCCAGGGGCGGGGUGGGGGCCCCCUGGGACCUCUCAAGGCCUGAGGUGGGCUCCAGGACCCCUGGGCAGAGCCGACUGCCCGUGGCGGACAUGUGACACUGCCUGGCUGUGCCUCUUCAGCCCCCACGCCCCCUCUCCCGGGUCCCCCUGCUGCAUGGCAGAUGUGCUCCCUCCUGGCCCAGUCACAGCGCCUCCUUGAGCCUUAGUCCAGGGGGUAACUCCUCCCGCCCCACCUACCUCACAGGGUUGUUGUGAGGGUGCACGGAGGAGCCAGGUUCCGAAGGCCCUCAGGUAGUAUAUAGGGGCCACCCCCACUUCAGCUUCCCCGGGAGGGAAAGGACCCAGCCCAACCCCCGGGCAGAAUGCUAUUUGCAAAUGGAAAUUCAGGUAUUGGGGAUGCAGGGUGUGGGGAGUUGGCCUGUCACAGUAGGGGUAGCUGGCUCAAUCUUCACCGAGGUGAUCCCACCCCCAGCCACUUGCAUUGCCCGCCCAGCACCUGGCCUGGAGGGUGGGGAGAGGCAGCGGAAGGGGCUGGGCAGGGGCAGUGGAGGACUCAGGAAGUGCCCAGGGGAGAGUGGGUGUGACGGCUGAGCAAGGGGCCCCUCCUGAGUUUGACUUCCCGGGAUGGGCCCUUGCUUCUCAGCUGUGUUGGACCCCACCAUGUAAUAAAGCCCGAAGGAACAGCCCA